UACAAAAUACUUUAGUGAUCUGACAUACGAUCGGUGUUUAAGUAAAACUAACAGAAAAAUGAAAUUUCUAGUUUUUAAUGUUGUUUUUGUAUUUAUAAGUGGUGUUAAUUGUCGCUUAGAUUUUAAAAAUCCGAAUACAGUUUUUGAUCAAGCGCUUUAUGAAGAUGUGUUGGAUGAUGAAGAGUGUGAUCGUCAGGUUGAAUAUUUGCAAUCUGAUUUAUUAUUGAACUUGGAAUUCAUAGAUGCGGGAUUAAGAUUACCCCGAGGUGUUUUAAUGGGCAACGGAGUAGAUCUUGGAAACUAUCACCAAUGUCUGAGAAUCGACGAAACGAGAGGAGAUUUAGAAAUAAAAGGAAAGUACUGCAUGAUACGAGUACCGUUUAAUCAGAAUUUAGACAUUUUUGAAAUGAUAAGGCCUUCCACAAAGAUGAACAAUAAGACCGAACUGGAACAAAAAUUUAAGGAGACCCAUAAGAUCUAUGAAAUACUGCGCGCGGCCAACUUUUUAGAUAAUGACUUUAACGAAAGGUCAUUAGCCCCAGAUAACCCUCUUUCAGGCAGAGCAUUUCGUCUAGCUGUUUGUAUUCCCAGACCGUGUUCAGUAGAACAGGCCAUGACAUCUGCUUUGUUCAACCUCACGUCAAUAGGGUUCCAGUUUGAGGAAGACUUCUGUCGACUACCAGGUGACAAGCCUUGGUCUGCUGGGGAUUAUGUGGCUGUGUCUAUAUUAUCUUUCAUAGGUCUUCUUACAUUACUGAGCACAAGUUACGAUGUGAAUCAUACAUUUAUCCAAAAGCAAGAUCCGAAGCAAGCUAAUGUACUAUUGAGGUCAUUCUCUUUAUAUACAAAUGGCAAAAGACUGACCAGUUUUGCGUCUCAUCCUAACAGCUUGCCGUGUCUAGACGGGAUAAGGUCUAUAGCUAUGCUCUGGGUGGUCAUAGGACACACAUUCAUUACUGAAAACUUCAUAAUAAAUGUUUUAGAUUUUUAUGAGUAUGCGUUAUCUGCCAAGGCUUUGUGGCUGACAUCCGCGCCGUACACCGUAGAUACAUUCUUCAUGAUGACCGGACUUCUAUUAGUUUAUACUACUGUUGGGAAACUUACAGGCAAGCGUUUGCUGCAAAACUUACACCUGUUCUACCUGAAUCGAUUAGUUCGUCUGUUCCCACUUUUGGCUUUGGCGAUUCUUCUCGAUGUUUCCCUAUUGAACAGGAUAUUCGAUGGACCAUAUUGGAACACUAUGGCCGACUAUAUGCACAGCUGCAAGGAGUUUUGGUGGACGACGCUAUUGCAUAUCCAAAAUUAUGCUACACCUUCGAAUAUGUGUGUCGUCCACUCCUGGUACGUGGCUAUAGACGUACAGCUCCACAUCGUGUCUCCAUUAGUCCUGUUCUGGGUUCUAAGCAAAAGCAGGAAGACAGCGUGGAUCGUUCUGGCAGCCACCUUGAUCGUCCUUUACGGGACAACCACGUAUUAUAAUGCUUAUAAAGAUUUCACUGGACAUUUCAUUGUGACCAGCCGGCCCCGAUUAGACUACAUGGAGAAUUAUUAUUUCAACACAUUCACCAGAGCUGGUCCAUUUUUCGUCGGUAUGGUGUUCGGAUACAUACUUAAUAUUUACAAGGGGCGCAGGCCUAAAAUACACUACGGUGUUGUAUUGCUUCUAUGGGCCUGUUCUUUGACGCUCUUCGGGCUGCUCAUAUACUCAGUGUAUGAAGUAAUGCGGCCAACAUGGAAUAAUUCUGUUGUGGACGUUAUUUUGAACACGUAUGGCAAAUCUGUUUGGGCUGUAGCUUUAGGAUGGAUCAUUUUCGCCUGUGUUCAUGGUUACGGAGGGCCGAUCAACUGGUUUCUGUGCCUGGAUAUCUGGAAGCUGCCGUCUCGUUUAUCUUACGCUAUGUACUUGUUCCAUUAUCCGUUGCAACAUGCAAUAAACUCCACAGCACUGACCCCAUCAUAUUUCUGCCCUUCGGCUUAUACCUUCAAAUUCCUGGCGUAUGCUGCGUUAACAUACAUCGUAUCCUUUAUCGCCUGUUUAACUAUAGACGCCCCUUUUUCUGUCUUAUUUAAACUUUUAUUGGGUGACGGUGGCAAAAAACACAAUCCGGAAGUUUCGGAUCCGAAUAACAAUGUUAUAGGAACUAGUGACGUGUUGCAGACCGAAGACGGUGCCAGGAGACGAAGAUAUAAAUCAUGAUUAUUGACAGCAUAAAUAUGUUAGCUACGAAAUUAUAGAUAAUAAAAAAUAUAUUUCUUACCUUAA